CUGGUUCCCCAGGGUGGCAGGGGUCAGUGGGACAGCGGUGUCCGGACGGGCAGGGGCCGGUGAGCCCCAGGGUGGGAUGCCUGCUGCUGUGUCCAUGGGCAGGGGAAACUGGGGGUCUCAGGCAGGGCAGAGGGGACUGGGAGCCCCACGCGGGAGGACUGGAGUCAGUGGGACUGAGGCGUAGGUGUAGGGCCCAGACAAGGUAUAUGGGGCUAGUCCUGACUCCCAGCGUGGCCGGGAGGCCCUAGAUGGAUGUGCUGCUUCGAAAACUGGCCUCUGGUCAGUCCCACCGGAUAGGGGACAGGCUGCAGGUAGCUCUGUGCUGUCCUGGCCAUGCCCACUGCUGCUGCCAUCCCACAUUGCCAGCCAUUCCCGUGCCACACUUCUAUGGCUACCACGGCAGUGCCACUGUUCUUGCUUUCCUUGGGCUUGGUACUUGUCGUGGUUUGACAUAGAUUGGGUUUUAGUUGGGGGACUGUCCUCCUCUCUGGUCCUCUCACCUUGUUUUUCACCCUGGUGCCAAGGUGGUGUGCUGCUAGAGACUAGGGUAAAGGCAGACACAAAGCAUCCAGCAUCCAGGGAGGCGGUGGGGGAGAGAGGAUCACACCUCACAGCAGUGAAACCUUGCAAGGUAUAUGACCACAGGACCAUGGUGGCCCUGAUGGGCUGAAUUCAGGUCCCUGGUGCCAGCCCGUGGCACCUUCUGCAGCAAGAGCAUGUCCCAGCAUGGAUGCUUGUGCUGGAAGGACUCUUUAGUUUAGGUGAGGUUGGUCAGGAGGCUGUCUGAACUUAGUGUAAAAGAUCCUCUUAUUGUGGACAACAGUGGAAUCGGUGCAGCAUCAAUCAUCAUCUACAGGGACAUGCUGUGGCCAAAGGUGAAGGGAUGUGGCUGGCAGGGCCCACUGGGGGCUCUGUGUGGUCACAUACCCUCUGCUCUCCCUGGGCAUCCCUGCCAUCUGCUGUCCUGGUUUGCAUCAUUUCAUGAUGCUCACAUGCUGCUCAAACCAAGGGGUGGCAGUGGCUGGUGUGGGUGUCUUGUGUCUUCUUUGGUCAGGAGAUGUGACAUGGCCCUUGUAGUUUCCUCCCCAUUCUCCGGUGUCAACUGUUUUGCCAGGGCUUUGUGCAAUUCCUUGGCUGCCCCACAUGCUAUCGCUGUCCUGCCCCCUGUUCCAUCCCUCCAGCAGCCCUUGCCAUGGAGCUGCCGGAUGCUGUGAGUGAGCACUGGCCACUGCAGGCUUUUGAGGCUGGGGUCCUGCAGGAGAGAGAGCACAGCACUGAGGUUUGGUGGAAGAGUGAUGCUGCAUCUCUGCCGGCCCUCGAAGGACAGCUCUGUGGAGUCUGGGGAGUGAAGAGGAGCUGGCUGAUAAGCAUGUGGUGGGGCAUGCUGCUCUGGGGACCUGCCCCCCUCAGCCAGGGCUCAGGGCUGGCAGCUGCAGUGGGUCAGUGGAGCUGCCAUGUGUUGCCUUUCUCCAGUGGCCUGUGGACCCCCAUGGGAGGGUGUGAGUUCUUUCUCUGGUUAGGGACCUGUCCAGUGCCAGAUGAUAAAUGGGUGCUGGCACCGGGGAGAAGGAAGUGGUUUCUUUCCUGCCUGUCCCCUCCCGGUCCCCAGCUGGUGGGUGCUGCCCUGCACUGGCAUGUUUGUUCUGGUUGUGACUGUGCUGAUUCUUCCACUAGAUGUGUCCCUGCAGGCAACCAGGAUGUCCCAGCCUUUCCCCAUCACCUCCACCCACCUGUCUGGUGGCAGGACAGGAGCAGGAUGCAGACGUGAGCACAGGGAGGCGGUGCUGAGCAGGAAAUAAAGUUAUGGGGAGGCAGCUUCCUGAGCAGGGCUGUGAUUAUGGCUCUAGAUGUGGGGAUUUGAGUCAACUGCCUGGUCAGGAUGAGCUGGAGUUUCCUGACGCGGCUCCUGGAGGAGAUCAACAACCACUCGACCUUCGUGGGCAAGAUCUGGCUGACUGUCCUCAUUGUCUUCCGCAUCGUGCUGACGGCCGUGGGGGGAGAGUCCAUCUACUACGACGAGCAGAGCAAGUUUGUCUGCAACACGCAGCAGCCGGGCUGUGAGAACGUCUGCUACGACGCCUUUGCGCCCCUGUCCCACGUCCGCUUCUGGAUCUUCCAGAUCAUCAUGGUGGCGACGCCAUCGGUGCUCUACCUGGGCUUUGCCAUGCACCGCAUCGCUCGCAUGCCUGAGUCCUCGCGGCGCCGGACACCACCAGCCCGGCGGGCGCGCAUGCCAGUAGUGCGCCGGGGAGCCGGGCGAGACUACGAAGAGGCAGAAGAUGACAACGAAGAAGACCCCAUGAUCUUUGAGGAGAUUGAGGUGGAGAAGGAGAAGAGCCCAGAGGGCGGAGAGAAGCAUGAUGGCCGGCGCCGUAUCAAACAGGACGGGCUGAUGCGUGCCUAUGUCCUGCACUUGCUGUGCCGCUCAGUGCUGGAGAUGGUUUUCCUCUUCGGGCAGUACCUGUUGUACCGCUUUGAGGUGAGCCCCUCAUACGUCUGCAGCCGCAGCCCCUGCCCACACACUGUCGACUGCUUUGUCUCCCGUCCCACUGAGAAGACCAUUUUCCUCCUCAUCAUGUAUGCUGUCAGCGGGCUCUGCCUCUUCCUCAACCUCUGCGAGCUCUUGCACCUUGGUGUGGGGCGCAUCCGUGAUGCCCUGAGCCAGGCUGGCGGCCCCCCACUCCCAACCGGCGAUAGCCCUGCACCGCAGUACCCCAAGAAAGCCCCCAGCGCCCCACCCACCUAUCACUCACUGAAGAAGGAGCUGCCGCAAGCCCCGCUGACCAACGGCAAGCUGGACUACCGGGACAGCCUGGCCCAGGGGCGCUUCGCCCUGGCUGGGGCUCCCCCGGUGCAUGAGCUGGACCGGCUGCGUGAGCACCUGCGUCUGGCCCAGGAGCACCUGGAGGUGGCCUUCCACCUCCAGCCCCCGCCGCGGCCCCCCAGUCCUGCCCGCAGCAGCAGUCCCGAGGCCAACGGCAUCGCCGCCGAGCAGAACCGCCUCAACCUCGCCCAUGAGAAAGGGACGGCCGCCUGCGACAGGACCACGGGGCUGUGAGUGCCACCAGGGACAGCAGCGGUGUCUGCCGGAGUGGCUGCCACCGCCACCAUGGGAUAGGCGUCCUGCCAGGAGCACAGGGCAAAGGAUGCCACACGCCUGCCCAGCAGGGUACUCUGGGUAGCUCUGUCCCGGUGGGCAGCAGAGGGGUCGGGAACCACGGGGUUCAUUCCUACUUAAUUUUCAAAAAGGGAAUAUCUUAUUUUUGUACGUUUUUAUAAACUCAUCAACAUGUGCACCCUGGCAUUUUUAUACUCAACUCUGGGCCUGUGCCCCCCCAACUCCUGUUUCACCCAUUUUCCCCACCAUGUUGUCCUCACACCUCCUUGUGGCCCCGUACCCUCUGCCACCUGUGGCAGCACCGGCUGGUGCUGUGUCUGCGCUGGUGAUUUUGGUAGUGCCCCCUGAGGUGUGAGGGACUUAGGGGAGCAGGCUGGGGGUCUGGCUGGCCGGGCCAAGCUGUGGAACAGAGUGCUGGGCUGGCAUUACUCUUGGAGGGGGUGGGAGGGGUCCUGGUGGCACUGUGCUGCCAGAAAGUGACUUUGUGGUCUGGGGGGCCACGCUGCACAGCAUUCUGGCUUGGGGCUAUGAGUUGCGGGACUGGCCUGCUUGGAAAUGUCUGUGCAGAGGUCAGGGGCCGUCCUUCCCACUGCCUCCUCCCUGUCCUGGCAGGCUGCCCUUGGACCAAAACUUGUCUCCUCCCACUCUGGCUGCCGGGCUGGGACCCCCUGCACAGAGCCAGACCCUGGCCUCACAGUGUGGGGACGUGGUGCCCCGAGCUGGGCUCGGCCGGGAGCCAGUGGAGCAUUCCUCAUCAUCUCAGCCUGGGUCACAUGGGGACUUUUGUAGCAUUGUUUUUUACUUGGAAAUGAUCGUCACUCUGUUUUUCUUUUUUUUUAUAUCUAUAUUAGUAAAGGCUGAAGACGUUUUGUACUGAA